ACUUCGUUGCUGCAUCAAAGUCACGGCCGUACAGGUGCGGAAGGCGCUGUGGGGCAUUGCCAUGGUGAUGUGUGUGUGCUCAUCGUGGGCGGGGUCCACCCAGCUGGCCAAGCUCACCUUUAAGCAGUUUGACGCUCCAUUCACCCUCACCUGGUUCGCCACCACCUGGAACUGCCUGUUCUUCCCCCUCUACUACAUCGGACACCUGUGUAAGAGCCCUGAGAGACAGACCCCCAGACAGAGGUUCAGGGAGUGUUGUCGGUUCUUUGGGGACGACGGGCUGACAGCCAAGGUGUUCUUCACUAAGGUGGCUCCGUUUGGAUUGCUGUGGAUCCUCACCAACUACCUGUACCUACAGGCCCUGAGGAAGAUCAACACUACAGACGUGUCAGCUCUGUUCUGCUGCAACAAGGCCUUCGUAUUCCUGCUCUCUUGGAUCGUACUGAGAGACCGCUUCAUGGGGGUCAGGAUCGUGGCGGCCAUCUUUGCCAUCGCUGGCAUCGUGAUGAUGACCUACGCUGACGGCUUCCACAGCCACUCUGUCAUGGGGAUCACCUUCGUUGUGGCCUCCGCUUCUAUGUCUGCACUCUACAAGGUGCUCUUUAAAAUGGUCCUGGGCAGUGCCAAGUUUGAGGCAGCGCUCUUUCUGACGAUCGUCGGCGGGGCUAAUUUUGUGUUCAUCAGCUUUGUGCCAGUCAUCCUGUACUUCACCCAUGUGGAAUACUUUGGUUCUCGAGGACAUCCCUGGUUAUACCUCUGUGGGGUAGCAGGCCUGCUCUUUGCUUUCAAUAUCCUGGUGAACUUUGGCAUUGCCAUCACGUACCCCACAUUAAUCUCUCUGGGCAUCGUCCUGAGUGUCCCUGUCAAUGCCAUGGUUGACCUGUACACAUGUGAGAUCCACUUCAACGCAGUGCGUCUGAUCGCCGUGUUGAUCAUCUGCCUGGGCUUCCUGAUGUUACUGCUUCCAGAGGACUGGGACCAGUGCUUCAUCCAGCUCCAUGCUAAGCUGCAGAGUAAACGGGAGGAACCAGCCGAGGAGGAGGCAGGGCCCGGCUCCAGCCUCAACUGGAGCAGGAGAGCAAGGCCCUCCAUGUCUACCUUUACACACUGACCACUGUUUAAUGUGGAGGGAUGGACGGACACACUGAAACAGACAGGCAGAGGCAAACACGCACACGAAUGGAUGAAUGGACAGAUGGACAGAUACAGACACACAUACAGUGUACAGACACACACACACACCUUGGACACUUG